AUGUGGGGUGACAAUCAAGUGGAGUGGUCGCAUUUGGAUGCCAACGGGGCGUCGGGAGGCAUUCUUACGAUGUGGAAAAAGGAUCUCUUCAAUCUAAACUUUAGUUUCAGAGGAGAGGGUUUCUUAGGUCUUUGUAUGGAGAAGGAAGGUAAACUUAUUUAUUUUGUGAAUGUGUAUGCUUCUUGUGACAUAUCUACGAGGAAAAGGUGUUGGGAUAGGUUAUGUGAGUUCAAAAACAACAACAUUAAAGGCUCUUGGUGCAUAGGUGGAGAUUUUAAUUCUAUCACUUCUUUAGAAGAAAGAAUUGGGACGUCAAGCCGUAGCUAUAGGAGGGAGAUAAUUUUUUUUAAAGAGUUCAUAGAGGAUAUGGAGUUGGUGGAUCUUCCUACUAUAGGAGAUUGGAAGGUGGAGUGCCAAUAUAUUGGCGAGAGGGAUGUGUCCGAUCAUGCGCCUAUUUGGUUGAAAGAUAAUAGAAAGGAUUGGGGUCCUAAACCUUUUAAGUUCAAUAAUAUGUGGUUCAAACAUGAGGAUUUUGAUAUCUUCGUGGAGGAGUGGAAUAAGAUUGUGGUCAAAGGAAGAGGUAACGUUCCGGAAGAUGUGGUUGUGAAAAGAAUAAAAGUGGCGGAGGAAUUUUGGGAUAACAUUAACAAGAGAGAAGGGGUUGAAGAAAUUAAAGAGUUCACUUUCAUGCAUUAUGAAAGUUUUUUUAAAGAAGAAUGUCUUUUAAGGCCGGAGCUUAGAGGGACCAAUUUUAACACUUUAUCUUCGGAAGACUCGUCGGGCUUAGAGAAACCUUUCGAGGAAGAUGAAGUGAAGGGAGCUAUUUGGUCGUGUGAUGGUAGCAAGAGUCCGGGGCCGGAUGGUUUCUCUUUGGAGUUUUACAAAAGGUAUUGGUCUCUCAUUAAAGAAGACGUCAUGAAGUGUUGCAAUGACUUCUAUCAUAAAGGUACCCUUGUUAAAUUCAUUACUUCCUCUUUCCUUGAUCUUAUUCCUAAAAAGAAGAAUCCGUAA